AUCAUUUAGAAUGAUAUGGUGAAUGUAAUGUAGGCGUCCUUAGUGUGCCAAUCAUUGAAUGAAGAGGUAGACUGUAGAUUCAGCGUAGAUUGGGCGUCUUCUGGAUACCACGGCGAGAGGACUGUCAGUGCUGGCGGCUGUACAUUGUGAGUGUGGAAGGAAGCCUGAUAUUUCAAGAUGGCUGAGGUUGAAGAUACUGCUCUCCCUGGAAUGAUCGACGAUGCGAACAAGCUGCUCGGUCUUCACGCAAAAACUGAAAAUGACGUGCAUGAAGCCCUCGUUGAUGGACAGCUUUUAUGCAAUAAGAUGAAUCAACUGUACCCGGAGGGAAAAAUCAAAGUGAAUACCUCGAAGAUGGCUUUCAAGAAAAUGGAGAACAUUGGGUUCUUUUGCAGUGCGGUGAAAUCGUACGGCAUCCGCGAAGAGUAUUGUUUCCAGACGGUUGACCUCUACGAGAGCAAAAAUAUGAGACAGGUUCUGAUUUGCUUGUCGAAUCUUUAUAAAAUGGCCAAAGAAAAACGACAGAUAUAGAGACUCUCAGGAAUAGUUCAUAAUCAGUACCGGACUACGUGGUCGUAUUCCAAGUUUCUUCGAUAAUACGGAUACUACUAGUAAUUACUUCAUGUAGUAUGUAGGUAGAAUUUCAUAUUUUUCAUUGUAGUCGAGGAAGUUCCCCUCUAUCAAAAGAACGUUUCGCCCUUCGGACGUUUGAAACGUACACGUACGCAGCAAGGGGAGGGCAUUUGUAAAUUUCAGGAGUUUAUACAGGCGUGUACCACCAUUGAUGAUUUUCUCAUAUUUUUAUGGUCGGUUGUCUUGAAAAAACAUUGAAACUACUGGCAGUCGUUCUGUGUUACGAAAACACCCGCACUUUCGAAGAAAAGUAAAAGAAAUGUUCUUUAUUAGGAAGCGACAAACAGAUAACAACAUGUUAGUCAACUUUUCAUUUUCUUAUAAAUUCCAUUAAAAUCAUUUCAUUUCUCUAAGAUUAAACUAUUUAUCCAAUUCUA